GCCGCGUGGCGCCGCCGCGCGCGCACGCGCGGUCCCCGUCCCUCCCCCUCCUCCUCCCCCCUCCCCUCCCCGGCCGCCUCGUGCCGGGAGCGCGCGCGCGCCCCCGCCCCUCCCUCCCGCCGCCACCGCCGCUCGCCCGCCGUGUCGGUGCGGGGCCGCCGCGUCGCCGGUUGGAAGCCCGCGGCUGCCGCUGCUCGCCCUCCUCCUCCCCCCCCCUCUCCUCCUCCUCCUCCUCCUCCUCCUCCUCCCCCCGCCGCCGCCGCCGCCCCCUGCCCGCCGCCCCGCCGCGGGGGGGCGCAGCCCCGCAGCCCGUGCCGCCCCGCCAUGCCGGAGAAGCGGCCCUUCGAGCGGCUCCCCGCCGACGUCUGCCCCCUCAACUACGGGCUCUGCCUCAAGCCCGACCUCAUCGACUUCACCUUCGAGGGCAAGCUGGAGGCUGCCGUGCAGGUGAAGCAUGCAACCAACCAAAUUGUGAUGAACUGUGCUGACAUUGACAUUAUUACAGCUUCCUAUGCGCCAGAGGGAGACGAAGAGGUACACGCCACAGGGUUCAACUAUCAAAAUGAGGAUGAGAAGGUUACCCUCUCCUUUCCCAGUACCCUUCAGAAAGGGACAGGAACGCUAAAGAUAGACUUUGUAGGGGAGCUGAAUGAUAAAAUGAAAGGUUUUUACCGAAGUAAAUAUACUACCCCUACUGGAGACACACGCUAUGCUGCUGUCACUCAGUUUGAGGCUACUGAUGCUCGCAGAGCUUUCCCUUGCUGGGAUGAGCCUGCUAUUAAGGCAACAUUUGAUAUUUCAUUGGUGGUCCCUAAAGACAGAGUAGCUUUGUCAAAUAUGAACGUCAUUGACCGCAAGCCGUACCCGGAUGAUGAAAAUCUGGUGGAGGUGAAGUUUGCUCGCACCCCUAUAAUGUCGACAUACCUGGUGGCAUUUGUGGUGGGCGAAUACGACUUCGUAGAGACCAGGUCCCUGGAUGGCGUCUUAGUGCGUGUUUACACUCCCGUUGGCAAAGCAGAACAAGGAAAGUUUGCAUUAGAGGUUGCUGCUAAAACUCUGCCUUUUUAUAAGGACUACUUCAAUGUUCCUUACCCUCUUCCUAAAAUUGAUCUCAUAGCUAUUGCAGAUUUUGCUGCUGGUGCCAUGGAGAACUGGGGCCUUGUUACUUAUAGGGAGACCGCAUUGCUCAUUGACCCCAAAAAUUCCUGUUCUUCAUCUCGCCAGUGGGUUGCUCUGGUUGUGGGACAUGAACUUGCUCAUCAGUGGUUUGGAAACCUUGUGACUAUGGAAUGGUGGACCCAUCUCUGGCUGAAUGAAGGAUUUGCCUCCUGGAUUGAGUACCUAUGUGUAGAUCACUGCUUCCCAGAGUACGAUAUCUGGACUCAAUUUGUUUCUGCUGAUUACACACGAGCUCAAGAGCUUGAUGCCUUAGACAACAGCCAUCCUAUUGAAGUUAGUGUUGGCCAUCCAUCCGAAGUGGAUGAAAUAUUCGAUGCUAUUUCUUACAGCAAGGGAGCGUCUGUAAUCCGAAUGCUACAUGACUACAUUGGUGAUGAGGACUUUCGGAAAGGAAUGAAUUUAUAUUUAACAAAGUUCCUGCAGAAGAAUGCAGCUACAGAGGACCUCUGGGAAAGCCUGGAAAAAGCUAGUGGUAAACCUAUUGCUGCUGUGAUGAAUACGUGGACCAAACAAAUGGGAUUUCCUCUUAUUUAUGUGGAAGCUGAACAGCAAGAAGAGGACAAAGUGUUGAAGUUAGCCCAGAAGAAAUUCUGUGCCAGUGGACCAUAUACUGGGGAGGAUUUUCCUAUGUGGAUGGUCCCCAUAAGUAUUUGUACAAGUGAUGACCCCACCUGUGCCAAAAUGCAAAUAUUGAUGGACAAACCAGAGCUGACCUUGGUUUUGAAAGAUGUUAAACCAGACCAGUGGGUGAAGUUAAACCUUGGAACAGUAGGGUUUUACCGUACCCAGUAUAGCCCUGACAUGCUGGAGAACUUAAUACCAGCGAUCAAAGACCUCUCCCUACCCCCUGUGGACAGACUUGGCCUGCAGAAUGAUCUUUUCUCUCUGGCCCGAGCUGGAAUCAUUAGCACUGUAGAGGUUCUAAAAGUCAUGGAAGCUUUUGUCAAUGAGCCCAAUUACACCGUGUGGAGCGAUCUCAGCUGUAACCUGGAGAUUCUCUCAACUCUCUUAUCCCACACAGACUUCUAUGAGGAAAUCCAGGUGUUCGUGAAAGAUGUAUUCUCACCGAUAGGGGAGAGACUGGGAUGGGACCCCAAACCUGGAGAGGGUCAUCUUGAUGCCCUUCUCAGAGGUCUGGUCUUGGGCAAACUAGGAAAAGCUGGGCACAAGGCAACAUUAGAAGAAGCCAGACGCCGAUUUAAGGACCAUGUGGAAGGAAAACAAGUUCUCUCAGCUGAUCUGAGGAGUCCUGUAUAUGUAACAAUUUUGAAGCAUGGAGAUAGUACUACUUUAGACACCAUGCUAAAGCUUCACAAGCAAGCAGACAUGCAGGAGGAGAAGAACCGAAUUGAGCGAGUUCUUGGAGCCAUCUCCCAACCAGAACUGAUUCAAAAAGUUCUCACCUUUGCACUUUCAGAAGAGGUACGUCCCCAGGACACAGUAUCUGUUAUUGGUGGAGUAGCUGGAGGCAGCAAGCAGGGGAGAAAAGCUGCUUGGAAAUUUGUAAGGGACAACUGGGAGGAACUUUAUAAUCGAUACCAAGGUGGAUUCUUGAUAUCCCGACUAAUAAAGCUAACAGUGGAUGGAUUUGCAAAUGAUAAAAUGGCCGCAGAAGUUAAGGCCUUCUUUGAGAGCCACCCAGCUCCAUCGGCAGAACGCACUGUCCAGCAGUGCUGUGAAAAUAUUCUGCUGAAUGCAGCUUGGCUGAAGCGGGACGCCGAGAACAUCCACCAAUAUUUUCUGCAGCGCAAGGCCCCCCCAGCCAUGGUGUGAAUCUGUGCAUGCCACUGCUGCAGUCCUGCUGCCUCAUCGCGGGGAGAGGGAGGAGCUACCCAACAGCUGAUUCAUAUGCCAAGAAUUCGGAGUCUUUUUCUCAAACGGAUGGGGAUUGGACAAUGAAUGUAGUUAACUGGUUCCUGCUCACACUCCAGAAUUAAAUUCUAUUAAAAUUAUCAGCAAUUCAACAAAAAGAGAAAAAAGAAAAAAAGAAAUCUGUAAAUAUGAUAGUAAUAAAAUAGAGCAUAACAAAACUGUGAAACUUC